GUUUUGAGCGCGGGAGCUUUGAGGAAACCAACCGACAUCAGGCAGAAAGUCUGCAGCUAAAAGCUGUGAAGGUUUGAGGUGGAUGAACCAGAGAGGUGGAUGAACUAGCUCCACUUUAAGGACCAAAGCCAGCCUUAGAAGGUUACUGUCCUACAACCAUGGCGAUGAGGAGUGAAGCCAGAGUGGAGGCGGAGGUGGUAGAGGAGGAGGAGAACUUCGGCCCACAGCCUCUCUCCAGACUGGAGCAGUGCGGGAUAAGUACCAGUGACAUCAAGAAGCUGGAGGAUGCAGGGUUCCACACCAUCGAGGCCGUGGCCUACGCCCCUAAGAAGGAGCUGCUCAACAUUAAAGGCAUCAGUGAGGCCAAGGCAGACAAAGUGUUGGCAGAAGCUGCCAAACUGGUGCCGAUGGGCUUCACCACCGCCACAGAGUUUCACCAGAGAAGAGCAGAAAUUAUCCAGAUCUCCACCGGCUCCAAGGAGCUGGACAAGUUACUGCAGGGCGGGAUCGAGACGGGCUCCAUCACAGAAAUGUUUGGGGAGUUUCGGACGGGGAAGACGCAGCUGUGCCACACGCUCGCCGUCACCUGUCAGCUGCCUAUCGACCAGGGAGGGGGAGAAGGUAAAGCCAUGUACAUCGACACAGAGGGAACCUUCAGACCUGAGCGGCUGCUUGCUGUAGCUGAGAGGUAUGGGCUGGUAGGCAGCGACGUCUUGGACAACGUGGCGUAUGCUCGUGCUUUCAAUACAGACCAUCAGACCCAGCUGCUUUACCAAGCCUCUGCCAUGAUGGCCGAGUCCAGGUAUGCCCUGCUCAUAGUGGACAGCGCCACGGCUCUGUACAGGACAGACUACUCCGGCAGAGGGGAGCUGUCAGCCAGGCAGGGACACUUGGGCCGCUUCCUACGCAUGCUGCUCCGGUUGGCGGACGAGUUUGGCGUUGCCGUGGUAAUAACCAACCAAGUGGUGGCACAGGUCGACGGGGCAGCCAUGUUUUCUGCAGAUCCCAAGAAACCAAUUGGUGGCAACAUUCUGGCCCACGCUUCCACCACCAGGCUGUACCUGAGGAAGGGCCGAGGAGAGACCAGAAUCUGUAAAAUCUACGACUCCCCCUGUCUGCCGGAGGCUGAAGCCAUGUUUGCCAUCAACGCUGAUGGCGUAGGAGACGCCAAGGACUAAACCGGAUCGGACUGGAGGUUUACUUUGCAAUAGGGGGGGGUGGGGGUGUUUCCAGACUCUUAUUGUGGACAGAAAAACAAAUGUUGGUAUUUUAGUGUCAGAUUUCUGCUGAAUGUCGUCUGUAAACUUUUAUUUAACUGUUUUCCUCUUUAUCUGUUCUGUUUUCUCUCUUCUGCCACAUGAGCUUCAAUACUAAGUUGUGAUUAAAACCUAUUGUUUGA